CUCCAAUCAGAGAUCCCGUGGAAGGAAGAGGGCGUGGACGUCGCUCUCAGCAGAUCGCGGCGUUAGUGCGCACCUGCCCCGCGCAGCCCCAGGUAGCUCACACCUGCCUGGGCCAAGGGGAGGACGCCUUGAGAGCCCGGACAUGGACUCGGUGGUCUUUGAGGAUGUGGCUUUGGACUUCUCCCAGGAGGAGUGGGCUUUGCUGGAUGCUGCUCAGAGGGAGCUCUACAGAGAGGUGAUGCUGGAAACCUUUAGAAACCUGGCAUCCGUGGAUGAUGAGACUCAAUUUAGGUCCAAUGGGUCAGUUUCUCAGCAGGAUCUUUAUGGGAAUAAAAUGUCCAAGGAAGAUAAAAUAGCAGAGUUCACCAGAGAUGCUUGGGCCUCCAUCUUAGGAAAAAUUUGGGAAGAACUUAGCAUUGAAGAUCAGCACACAAACCAGUGGAGAUAUCUGAGAAAUUACGUGAUGGAGAGACUCUGUGAAAGUAAUGAUCAAUGUGGGGAAGGCUUCAGUCGGACUUCAAAUCUUAAUCUGUACCAGAAAACCUUUGCUGAAGUAAAACAGAAUGAACGCAGUGCAUAUGCAAAAGUCUUCAUGCAUCAUUCAUCCCUGCAGAGUCACAUUGCCAUUCAUACUAGACACAAACCGUAUCAAUGUCAAGAAUGUGGGAAGGCCUACAGUUGUUCUUCAGACCUAAGAGUGCAUGUGAGAACCCACAAAGGAGAGAGGCCCUAUGCAUGUAAUUUAUGUGGAAAAACCUUUCCUCGUACUUCUUCCCUCAACCGGCAUAUAAGGAUUCAUACUGCGGAGAAAACCUAUGAAUGUCAGCAAUGUGGGAAAGCCUUCAUUGAUUUUUCAAGCCUUACUAGUCAUCUGAGAUCCCACACUGGAGAGAAGCCCUAUAAAUGUAAGGAAUGUGGGAAAGCCUUCAGUUAUUCCUCAACUUUUCGAAGACACAUGAUAACACACACUGGAGAGAAGCCCUAUAAAUGUAAGGAGUGUGGGGAAGUCUUCAGGUAUUCCUCAACUUUUCGAAGACACAUGAUAUCACACACUGGGGAGACACCACAUAAAUGUAAGGAAUGUGGAGAAGCGUUCAGUUACUUCUCAGCUUUUCGAAGACACAUGAUAUCACACACUGGAGAGAAACCCUAUGAAUGUAAACAGUGUGGGAAAACCUUCAUUUAUCUCCAGUCCUUUAGAAGACACGAAAGGAUUCACACUGGAGAGAAACCCUAUGAAUGCAAACAAUGUGGGAAAACCUUUAUUUACCUCCAGUCAUUCCGAAGGCAUGAAAGGACUCACGGUGGGGAGAAACCCUAUGAAUGUAACCAAUGUGGGAAAGCAUUUAGCCAUCCCUCAUCCUUUCAAGGACAUAUUAGAGUGCACACUGGAGAGAAGCCUUAUGAAUGCACUCUAUGUGGGAAAAGUUUCAACUGGCCCGUAUCCUUACGAAAACAUAUGAGAACACACACUAAAGAGAAGCCCUAUGAAUGUAAACAAUGUGGAAAACCCUUCAAUUUGCCUGCUUGCUUUCGAGAACAUGUGAGAAUGCAUCCUGGAGACAAACCGUAUGAAUGCAAACUAUGUGGGAAAGCUUUCUAUUGCCACAUAUCCUUACAAAAACAUAUGAAAAGGCACACUGCCGAAAAACUCUAUAAAUGCAAGCAAUGUGGGAAAGCUUUCAGUUGGCCCGAACUUUUGCAACAGCAUGUGAGAAAACACUCGGCAGAGAAGCCUUAUGAGUGCAAGGAGUGUGGGAAAGUCUUCAAGUGGCCAUCAUCUUUACCAAUACAUAUGAGAAUGCAUACUGGAGAGAAACCUUAUGAAUGCAAGCAAUGUGGGAAAGCCUUCAGUUGCUCCUCAUCCUUAAGAAGACAUACGAGAACACACACUACAGAAAAACACUGCGUAUAUAAUGUGGGAAGCCCUCCUGCAAGUGAAUUCACGCACAGUGCUUUAGAAAAUUCACACCAGGAGGGAAAUCUUAUGAAAGCUGUAAAUAUGGUGUUGCCUUUAUGAGUAUCUCAUUAUUAAAAUGGACCCAUAGGUAGUAUAUUUCCAGUUCUUUUGCAAAUAAACAUUUAGGUGAAAAAUAACUCUCCAAGUACUCUUAGCUAUAGUACAUAUAAAAUUUGCAUGUAGUAUUUUUUCUUACAUUUCAGUAAACAUAACUUUCAUCUUUAGUUUGUGUGCUUUAAAUUGUCCUCUAAAGGGUUAUUGGAACAAUGACACUUUGUUAUGUGUUGGAUGUUUUUUACUGACUUAAUGUGGCAGAUACGGAUAUCAACCAUCAUAUAUUUUCUACCUUUUUGGCCAGAGGAGUCUUCCAUUUUUCUUUUAAGUAGUUUUUGUAAUUAUGAAAUUAUAUCAAUUGUUGUUUUCAGCUUUUGCCCGGCCCUGUUGUUCUUGCUUGUAAUUGGGAAUUGCAUUUACUUAAGACCCGUGCGAUAUCACCAUGAGAUAGAGAGUUUGAGAUGGUUCUGUUGGAUUGUGCUAUGUCAGCGUGGCCAAUGGGAACUGCAGGUCCCAGAAUCUUUUAUGAUUCCGUGUUCUAAUUCACCAGUAGCCUAACUUGGCAUCAGAUUUGGAAGGCAGACGUGAAGAAGCCAUUACUUUUUGGAGCCACUUUAAAAUGUGGUAGAAAGAUACAUAGGGACUUCUAGGUCCCAGCUUUCAGGACCUCUCCCCGAUUUCUUUGCCCUACUGAUAAAGAGUAUCAUCAGAAGAAACAGCCAGUGUUGGCCUUCCACUCCUCUCAGAGGCAGGGGCUUCCACAGAUACCUCCAUGAGCUUGGUAUCAAAGAUCCGCCCUCUUGUGUAAUCAGGUAUCACAAUUUGUAUUUUCCUAGAAACUGUAAGGUGUCCUCCAGGCCACUCAUUCAGACUCAUGGUCAGUGACUCUGAUACUAUGAUUCACCCUCUUCUCUUUUAACAUAGUUCAAAGAGUCUAAUUUGUGUAGCAAACACUGUUCUUAAUACUUUUAGUGGUUCUCUGGUCCUGCCUCCACCACAAAAACUACAAUGGUUCAGCAAAAUAAAACACUUGGGACUUCACUGAUCUAUUGAA